AUGGUCGUCUGGGUCCAGUUCCCUGCUCUCCCGAUACAUUUCUACCACAAGGAGGUCCUUUUCAUGCUGGGGAACUUGAUUGGGCGUGCCAUCAAACUUGACUACCACACCGAACAUCAACAACGAGCUAGAUUCGCCAGAAUUGCAGUGGAGGUAGACUUAGGAAAGCCGUUGGUCCCUCGUAUUUGGUUGGACGGAGCCUGGCAAUACCUUGAAUAUGAGAACCUCCCAGUGGUCUGUUUCGAGUGCGGAAGGAUAGGUCACACCUCCACUACUUGCCCUUCAAUCAAGUCGGCCUCUUCUCCGGCUGGCAUACAAACGCUGGCGCCGGAUCUUACAUCGGAAACCUCGCCGGAGGAGAAGGUUGGUUUCGGACCUUGGAUGCAGGUCACGCGCCGAUCGCGGCGUAAUGGCAGACAACCGGAAAAGGAAAGAGCGAGUAAUAUUCAGGGAAACUCAAAUCACGGAGGAUUCCAUCUGUCGCCAACCAAAAAUGGGAAAGGAAGCGAUCCACAAAAGGAAUUGGAGAAGAGAAAGGAAACUAUCUCGGCUGACUCCAUUAUGAGAUCCCAACGGGCAGAUGAGCCUCCGAGCAAGAGUUUGGAAAAGGGAAAUAUUAAUAAGGGGAAAGCAAAGAUCAUACCGCAAGACUCCACAGUGAAAGUCUCCAAAGGCGUCCUUGGGCCUGCCCCCACUUUGAACAAAGCCAAGAAGGUCUCUGGACCAGGCGAAUGCUCGGCCCAACAGCUGGCACGGCCCGAAACUCAGAUCCCCCAACCCAAAAUCAAUCCGGACACAGUCAAGAAGCCCGACCCUUCCAAUAAGCCGACUCCAACCGGCCCGACACCCCCAAGCACUCAGACGAUCAUCGGCCCUAACUCGACCUCCAUCCAUAUCGUGGAGAUCCCCCCGUAUCAGACCCCCCCCCCCCCCCCCCCGCCGGAAUGUCGAUCGAAACUCCCCUUCAGCGGCAUCUAG